AUGCUCGCCCAGUGGUUUGGUGCCGGUGCUCUCUCCGUUCCCCUGCUCCUUUGGGCCGGGUCGAUUCCAGGCGCUUAUCUUGCGACAGGCGACCGCAUCUGGCCGAAGGCUGGUGUGGUGGCAGCAGCCCUUCUCCUGGUCCUAUUUCUAUAUGCCAACCGAACGGCGGCCGCAUCCCGGCGCCACGGUAUCGAGCAGAGGACCGCUCGCAACGCCAUGAUCGAGAGCAGCCUCGGCGAUAUUGAUGCACGGUUCACAGCCGCGUCUUCGCGAGGAGGUGGCCGUGAGCUGGACCUCGCCACGCUCCGACAUCUGCAGCACAGCUUCGACAUGGCCCUGCAGCCGCCCUCAGACUGGUCCUGGUUCACGCGGAUCGACCAGUUCCAAACGUCGGCGCUGCGUUACCAGGUCUACGAGAUCAUGUAUGCCUUGGGCACGUACCAGGGCAUCUACACGCCCAACGCCCAUGCUUACGUCAGCGAGGCUUUUCGCCGCAUCAUCGCACGGUCGCUGACACCCGACGUGCUCGGGUUCUGGAAGUGGGAGUCGCUGCUCGGCCGCUUCAGCGCCGACUUCGACCCAGUCCUCCACGACAACAUCAUGGUGACCGGCUUCCUGCUGCAGGGCCUGAUGCUGUACACCGCCAACACGGGGGACGAGCGAUACUGCCGCAAGAACAGCGUGCGCUUUCAGGUGACGAGCGACAGGACCUAUGCCUACGACCUGCACUCGAUCCGCGACAGCGUCCUGCAUCAGUGGCAGGCGAGCCCAUUCUGCCUCUUUGCCUGCGAACCCAACUGGAUCUACACGCCCUGCAACUUCCAGGGCCUCACAGGCUCCCGUCUGUACGAUCGCUAUUUUGGGAGCUCCGGCACAGAUGUUCUCAUGCCUGUCUUCGAGGAGUCGCUCUGCCGCAACUUUUCCGAGACCAACGGCAGUAUCCUGCCGAUCCGCUCCGAACUGACCGGCUUCACCAUUCCCGGCCUCUGUGGUGCCCUGGGCGAUCUCACCGUCGUCAUGUUCGCCCGUGGCACCAUCAACCACCUCUCCCGCCGGUUCUGGGCCAUCUUUCUCGGCGAGAAAGUCGUCUUUGACCGCGAGACCGGCCAGCUGUCCCUUACCGGCCUCGUCGGCGCCGACAAGAUGGAUGCCGGCAACUAUACGCCCUCUGACUACGCCAUCUACCCGCAUCUGGCGCAAGCCGCUGGCGAGUACGGCGACAAAGACUUGCGGGCAGCAGCCCUGAAGAAAUGCUACGACGGCUUCGGCCAGAUCACCACGCCCACCGGCGCUACCUGCUUGGAUCCUGCCAAGGCAUCGACCGCUACGAACCUCUCGGUCCUUCGUGCUGAGCUGAUGCAGGGUGGUGACUGGAGAGACCUGAUCACAAAGGGCCCGCCGCCGACUGCUCUGUCUGGCCCUAUCCUCUCACAUGCCCCCUAUCCAGGAGUCCUGAUUGCAAAGGCAUACUCAAACGACUCGGUCGACCUGGACAUGGUUCUGUAUCCAUCUGGAGACAGUGGGACCUUUUCCUUGACUGUCUCGCGUCUUCAACCCGGCAAGACAUACAGCUUUCCAACCGAGACAACCGUUGCCGAUGAGAUGGGCGAUGCAACCUUUUCUGUCCUUGUCAAUGGCAGGACACACGUACACUUGGUCUUGACCGACGCAGAAGAUACAGAAUGA